UCUUAAUCUACUUUUACAAGUACCUAUACACUAUUGAUUUUUUUUAUUUUCAAAUUGUUUUCUAUGAAAAUCAUGAUAAGAAAAUAAUCAUUACCUACUUGAAUAAAAUCAACGUUCAAAUGGGUGUUUUAGAAUCUGUUAGUUAGAUUUUGUUGUAAACCCAAAAUGCAGUAUAAAUCAAUUUUUUUGGUUUUAACUCUAUUCGUAGUAGUUGAAAAUUGUUUAGCAAUCCUUCCAUUAUUUAUUGAAUUAGGAAUAAAAGUGGCAAUGGAUAUUAUAAAAAACAAAUUUAAUGUAAAAAAAGACCUACUACCUUUGAAAAUACCAGAUGCCUUUACUGAGUAUGCCAUUGGGAAUUUGGAUUUGAGAAAUUUCAGUACAUACGGCUUCAAUACUUUGACAUAUACUGAUAAAGUUAUUUCACUACCAAAAGAAGGAAGGAUCUCAAAAGAAAAUAUUACAAUAAAUUUAAAUUUGGCUCAAAUUGGUCUAAAAACUGACUAUGAUAUAGAUAUUGGAGUAUUAGAUUUAUUACCUGUAUUUGGAAAAGGGGGUUUUCAAAUAGGUAUAGCUGAUAUCAACUUAUAUAUGAAUCUGGUUUUAAACGAUAUAGGUUCCAGGAAUUUAAGUAUAGCGGAUUUAAAUGUGCAGCUCUCAAUACGUCACUCUAAAGAAAAUUACAUCACGGGAUUUUGGCACAACGAUGCAGUUAGUAGAUUUCUAACAGAAGCUAUAAAUGUAAUAGAACCAGUUGUCUGUGCAUUAUACGACUACAACUACAUAUGUAUUGACUGUAUUAUAAGUCAAGUUUUGGAAUUUUUAAUUAAUCUAUUAGUACUUAAGGCUCAUCCUCAACCACACAUCACCUGCACAUGCCUGGAUGGAAGCGAGUUCAAUAUAAAAGAAAAUUUAAACAAUUUUUUAUACUCCACAACUACUGGAAAUUUUGAACAAUGGACGAAACAAAACAGAAACAAUCCUGACUUAAUAAAACUAUUACAAAAGGUUUAUAAUAGUAUCUUAUUAAUUUUAGAAGAAGAAAAUAUAAAACUGAACGUCUACUUUUUGUUUUAUUUAGUUUUUAAAAUCCCAUUUUAG